AUGGACCACCUGCCGCUCAAGAUGGCUAAACAAGAACGCCGUGAUUCGAUAUCAUCAAAUGUCUCCGAGCUUCUUUUGGGUCAGGAAGACGUCGUCAGAGUACAUCAUUAUCACUUUGACGCAUGGCCCGAUCACGGUGUUCCCGAGGGCAAAGGUGUAGAAGCUUUGAGCAAGCUGGUAGAAGAGGUGGAACAAAGGAAGGAAAGCUUGGAUUGCGAACUGAUAGUCAGCUCGGCUGGAGUUGGACGAACAGGAACUUUUAUCGCUCUUUCAUCCCUUCGUACUCCAGGACAACCUUCUCAACCAUCUGCCCUACAAGCUCUCCCUCAAAUCUUACAAGAAGAUCCUGUGGCAAAGACUGUGGACAUGAUCAGAGAGUGUAGAGGGAUGCUGGUGCAGAACCCUGAUCAGCUGAGGUUGAUAUACGAGAUGCAUUAA